UAUGGUCGUAUUUCACUUCAAGAACGUUGCCCCCGUUGAUUUUAAUGGAAUGCCAGGAUAUAACAUUGACGAACCACUGGUUAUCGAUGAUGGUGAAGACAAAGAAGAAGACUUAAACAUUGGUGCACAAGAGGCAAAAAAAGAUAAGGCAGUUGAGGCUACUGUGAACGAAGUUGGUGGCUCGGUGGGAGCAGAUAUAGGAGGCUCGAUGGUGGUAUAUGUGGGUGGCUCGGUGGGGGCAGAUGUGGGUGGCUCGGUGGGAGCAGAUAUAGGAGGCUCCAUGGUGGUAUAUGUGGGUGGCUCGGUGGGGGCAAAUGUGGGUGGCUCGGUUGAUGAAGAUGUGGGUGACUCGGAGGAGGAAGAUGCGGGUGGUUCGGUUGAGGAAGAUGUGGGUGACUCGGAGGAGGAAGGGUCUGCCAACAGCAACAACUCGUUUAUCAUAUAAUGGGAUCGUAACGUUUCUACAACAAAUCUUAGUAUCUAGAAUGAAGACGUGUUUUAUUUUAAGUUUAUCUACCUAAGUUAUUAGUGGUUCUACCUAAGUUCAUUCCAUGGGUUGUUUGCAUUAAGAUAAACUAGCGGCCGUUAAAGGCAAA